GCCGUGUUUGUUGGAACUUUUGGUAGACAAGCCGACGCGUUACGUUUCCAUCAUGUCAAAAUGUGAUGGGGGUGGUUUUCUUAGCAAGCCGUCAAUUUGCUUGAUAAGUCCACCAUCACGAGACUAGGACACACUAUCUGACUCUGACUCGCUCGUAUCCGAUGAGCGCUUCGGAAGCGGUAAGGCCCAUGUCUAUGAAUUCCUCCCAGUGGAAGAGGUACGUACACUACAAGCAAAGUGCCGGCCGGGAGUCUUGGUUCGCUAGUCAGGCCUUGACGAGGGGGGGAGGGAACGUUUCUUGCUCCAAAUACCCCUCACGACGAGCAGCCCGCAGAUUUGACGGCAUAGUGGCACCCCUUGGAUCGCUCCACCAGAGCAAGGUCUCUGCCUGCAAGAUGCGGCAUGGUCGUGGUAGCACGAUGGGGGCUGCCCGACCACUCUCGAGUCGACAAGUCGAAUUAUCUCCGAGAUUACAAGGCCUGGAGGGGAAGGGCGGCGCUACAGAACGAUCAAUGCUGGGGCUUCGCUGGCAUGGUAUUGCUCGUUCGCGGGACUGCGCACGACCUAAAGCAAGAGUGACAGGACUUGUCCAGAGGUUGUGUCAACCUGUCGUUUUAUUCCGAGAAAGGCGCCGCGGCGGCCGCCGCUACCAUCUAUCCUAGCGUAGAUAGUGAAGCCAACACGCAUGGAAGCCGCUGUUCCCACGACCUUUCGCUGGUGUCGCUUCCAGGAUACCUAGACGACCGAC